AGCGGCUGGCGGGACGGCGCUGGUCCGGCGGGGCGCGGGCGUGGAGGGUGGAGGGGGGCCAUGCGUGGGUGGCGGCAGCCCACUGAAUGAAUGGAGGGGGGCCAGAGGCUGGCGCCAGCGUGGGCCCUGGGAGCGUGGACCCCCGCCGGGCCUGGCCAGGGGGUGUCCUGGGUUUUGGCGGCGUGGGUGUGGUGGUGUGAGGGCUGCUGGGUGUUGGUGGUUUGGAAGGAUCGGUGUGUUGGGGCUAACGUGUGAGGCCGGCCGGCGGCGGCGGCGGCGGCGGCGGUGGCGGCGGCGGCGGUGGCGACGGCGCGUGCGGGUGAGGGUCGUCGAGCUGCGCGCCGUCCAGCGCGGUUGGUCGGUGCCGAUCGUGUGGCUUGGGACAGUGCAGUGUUGGCCGCCAGCUCGCUCGGCGCGUACCAUGCAGAGCAGUGGCCUGGUCCUCUGGCUCUUGGCUUUGGCGUGCGCGUGUGAUCCGUGCCUCGCUUCCUCCACUGGCCUCCAGCCCUCCCGCCAGACCCUGCUGACCCUGGUGCGGCGGGCCAGGGCCCUAAACUCCCACCCGCCCGCCCCGCACCCACCCCAGAUACCCGCGCUGCCCUCCGAGGCACUCUUAGAGUUCUCCCGCCCCUACCGCCACCAACAUGUGGCCCCAGACCUGCCGCCCGGCCCGCCCUUCCGCCGCCGCCUGGAGCAGGCCAGCCAGCAGGGCCCGCAGCCUGCCGACCCUCAGGACCAGCGGCAGCUCCCCGAGGAUGCGGUGGACGAUGUGGAGGAAGGGCGACGGGCGUGGAGUAAGCGGGGGCUGCCCAGUGAUGCCCCAGUGAACGGCGGAGCGAGCGAGGGGCAGGAGGAGGCGGUGGCCAACGGCCUCCAGCAGGUGGGAGCCUCGAUAGCCUCCAGCUACCUGCGGCACGCACGCUCCAGCCCGCGACCCUACGACGUCCCCCGCAUCGACUGCCCCGCUGCAGAAGACCAGAUGGAGAGGUUCCCAUGCCCCUCGCCAGACCGGAUGGGUCGGUACCGAUGUAUUGACGAUCAUGUGUUGUGUGACGGCUUUAUAGACUGUCCAGAUGGUGAAGAUGAGGACAGACAGCAGUGCAUGUUCUACAAAACGACGAAGGCACACUUGGACGUUCUCGCGGACGCAAUCAUCAGGUGGGCGAGGGGCGGAAAGUGAUGGUAGUGAAGAGGCCGCCGCAGCUCCCCUCCCCCUCCCACCCUCAUCUACCUUUCGCAAUAGAAACCCGCCGACCCUGCCUCCGUCCCGCUCCUUCUGUGAGGGGACCUGGGGCGCUGUCAUCUCAGCCCCGCUAACCAGGCAGCUCCUCGCGCCUCUUACUGGUCAUUAUACUCACUAGUGCUGCAGAGCCAGGAUGUCUCAGUGUGUUUUGUGGAGGACAAUAAGGAGUACCAGUUUAUGGAAGUAAUAAAGGAUAUAGAUGUAUAAUAAAAAAAGGAAAUACUACUACUACUAUUACUAUUAUUACUACUACGUAAUAAAAGAGGAUAAAUGUUGCAAUAAAAAGAGUAAUACUAUACGCCGGAGAGGAGAGAUUUGUCAUCCCUUCCCGCUUGGUUUCACCGUCAGCGCCAGCAGGAGCAGGCCGCCAGGUGCCGCGUGGAGCUCACAGCAUGGGCAGCUCUCCCUCUCGCCGCACACCGCCGCCCACACCAUUGGAGACGCACACCCUCCUUGCCCGCUGGAAUCGUCCGCACCACCACCACCACCACCACCUCCACCUCCACCACCACCACCUCAAGCGGAACCCAACCAAUGCGAUCAGACCUCCACGCCAAGAGAAGACUUCCUCCGCGACCACUUGCUGACCUCUUGACCCCGACCUGAGCCACGGGGUUCACUAGGUCCAACACGGUGUUCCCGGACGGUCAACAACCCGCGAGGUCCCGCUGAGUGAGAAAAAUCUGUCUGGGCCACCGCGGCCUGAGGACUCCCCAACACCCGGCCCCCAGGCAGCUCACCACCACCACCACCAUCACCACCACCACCACCACCACUACCACCACCACUACCUGCCCCGCCCUGGAGGAAGGCGGCCCCAGGGACGACAAGAGGACGAGGACGACUUAAGGACCGCUGACUCGGCCGCACCCAGCCGGCGUCUCCCUCAAGGUGGCAGGCCAAAGACCUGAGACCGCAGACACAGACGCAGACCGCCCCUUCACAAGCUGAGGUCAGGUCGGCGACAGGUGUGCUGGGGGUCACCUGUGCCUCCCUCCCACACCUGCCCCCCUCAGCCUGGCCCUGGUGUUUGUUUGUUUGUUUGUUUGUUGGUGUGGUCGCCGCCGCGCCGCCAGCCCAGCGCCGCCUGUCUUCGUGUCCUCACCGCCACCAAGCAAGAAGGCCGAGUUUACCUGCGUUUUUCUUUGGAGAUUUUAUUUUUCUGAGAGAGAAUACUUCUGUGUUUGUUAGACGCUUGUUUCAGAGGUUUAUUAUGACCGUGGAGGAGGAAGAUGUUUAUAUAGAUUAGCCUCUCAUGUCAUUGACGAUGAUGAUGAUGAUUGUUGUUUUUGUUCUUUGAAGAAGAGUUUACAUUAACCUGUUAUGCAUUACGCCGUUAAGGACUCACCUCCAUCAUUAGGUUCCACACUAAAACAAAAAAAGAUAAAAAAACUUUCCUCAAUGCCUUUGUAUGUAGAGAUUAAAAUGUAAAAAAAAAAAAAAUAUGUUGAGAUUGAAAAGUUUAGUGUGCAAUAUUGAAGAAAAUAAAAAUGCAUAAUAUCACUAAAAA